AUGCGUGGUUACUUUUCUUAUGAUAGUGAUUACAUGUAUAAAAAUCUUGUUGAUCUGAAGAGCAUGUCCCUCAUAGUAACAACACUCAACUUUGCAGAAGUGCCUUUUAGGGCAAGACGUAAGGCAAAAAAAAUCAUCGAAAAGGAUUGGUGUGACUGGGCCCUCAUUAGCAGGCCUUACAGCAUCCUUCGAGACUGCUUGGAAAGGAAUGCAGAAGAGUUUGGCCUGGGCUUCCCCAAUCCCUGGGCGGAACAGAUCAUCUUUGAGACUCACCAGAUCCACUUUGCCAACUGCUCCCUGGGGCAGCCCCCCUUCUCAGACCCCCCAGAGGAUGUGCUCUUGGCCAUGAUCAUAGCCCCCAUCUGCCUCAUCCCCUUCCUCGUCACCCUUGUGGUGUGGAGGAGUAAAGACAGUGAAGCCCAGACCUAGGGUGGCGUGAGCUCUUCAGCCGCCAUCUUACUCCUUUCUUCUGCAGGUCUCUCCCCUCCCUACUUCCUUGUCUCACUCCUACCCCAACUGCA